AAAUUUAUUUCUCGAAAUAAAUUGAAACCUCUCUUUCUCACAGCACAAGAAAGACAAGACAAGACAACCAACCCCUUUCCUCUCCUCUCUUUCUCACAUUUCUCUUCCUUCUCUCGCCACCCACACACAUCUAUAACCAUCUCCACAUCGUAAUCACUGUAUUAACCAGAAAAGAGAGAAGCGAGGCCCAAAGAUCAGACCUAUUCUUUGAUUAUUGCCAGGUCAUGGCUUGGAGGCGCCUAAUCACUCAGGUUUCGAGGCAUCAAUCAGAGUUGGGACAAUUCAAAAACUUGUUUGUCAGAACUUAUUUUCCCAUAAACAAGUUUGGAGGCAGUGUAGGGAAUAGGAUUUUAAAUGCUGAGAGGAGGUUCCAAUCAAGUUAUGUUGGUAAUUUAGCUCGUAGGAUGCGUGAUAUGGAUGAUGGUAGUGAAGUUCUACAACUUAAAGAACUUCUACGACAUGAUCCUGAAGCAGUGAUAAGACUUUUUGAAAGUCAACCAUCUUUAUAUGGCAAUCCUUCAGCACUUUCUGAAUAUGUUAAGGCAUUGGUCAGAGUUGACAGGCUGGAUGACAGCGAGUUGCUGAAGACCCUGCAGAGAGGUAUUUCCAACUCAGCAAGGGAAGAGGAAAGUAUAGGAGGUCUUUCAGUUUUCAGGAAUGUGGGAAAAUCUACAAAAGAUGGUGUUCUUGGAACUGCUGGCACACCUAUUCACAUGGUGGCUACAGAAGGAGGGCAUUUUAAAGAGCAGCUUUGGCGUACAAUCCGCACUAUCGCGCUGGCCUUUCUGUUGAUUUCUGGUGUGGGCGCUCUUAUUGAGGACAGAGGAAUCAGUAAAGGACUUGGUCUAAAUGAGGAGGUGCAGCCUAGCAUGGAAUCUAACACCAAAUUUAAUGAUGUAAAGGGUGUCGAUGAGGCAAAGGCAGAACUAGAAGAAAUUGUCCACUAUCUUCGAGAUCCAAAGCGCUUCACUCGUCUAGGUGGCAAGCUCCCUAAAGGUGUUUUGCUUGUUGGACCACCUGGCACUGGCAAGACAAUGUUAGCCAGAGCUAUUGCUGGAGAAGCUGGGGUUCCUUUUUUCUCAUGCAGUGGCAGUGAGUUUGAGGAGAUGUUUGUUGGAGUUGGAGCUCGAAGGGUGAGGGAUCUUUUUUCUGCUGCAAAGAAGCGGUCACCAUGUAUAAUAUUUAUUGAUGAGAUAGACGCUAUUGGAGGAAGCCGCAACCCGAAGGACCAACAGUACAUGAAAAUGACUUUGAAUCAGUUGCUUGUUGAAUUGGAUGGAUUUAAGCAAAAUGAAGGUAUCAUUGUGAUCGCGGCGACGAAUUUUCCAGAAUCACUGGACAAGGCACUGGUGAGACCUGGACGGUUUGACCGCCACAUUGUUGUUCCUAAUCCAGAUGUAGAAGGCAGGCGGCAGAUUAUGGAAUCCCACAUGUCAAAGAUCUUGAAGGGUGAAGAUGUUGAUUUGAUGAUUAUUGCUAGAGGGACUCCUGGUUUCUCUGGUGCUGAUCUCGCAAAUUUGGUCAACAUUGCUGCUCUCAAGGCUGCUAUGGAUGGUGCUAAAUCAGUGACCAUGACUGAUCUAGAAUAUGCAAAGGACAAGAUCAUGAUGGGAAGUGAGCGCAAGUCAGCUGUAAUUUCUGCCGAGUCACGGAAGCUGACGGCUUUCCAUGAGGGUGGGCAUGCCCUUGUGGCCAUCCAUACUGAAGGGGCUCUUCCUGUUCACAAGGCAACAAUAGUUCCCAGAGGUAUGUCUCUUGGCAUGGUUGCCCAAUUGCCCGACAAGGAUGAGACAAGUGUAUCUCUCAAGCAAAUGCUUGCUCGGUUAGAUGUUUGCAUGGGGGGUCGGGUUGCAGAAGAGCUGAUUUUUGGAGAAAACGAAGUUACCUCAGGUGCUUCUUCUGAUCUCCAGCAAGCUACUAAUCUUGCUAGAGCAAUGGUUACAAAGUUCGGCAUGAGUAAAGAAGUUGGAGUUGUCACCCACAAUUAUGAUGACAAUGGGAAGAGCAUGAGUACUGAGACUAGGCUUCUUAUUGAGAAAGAAGUGAAAUAUUUCCUGGAAAGGGCUUACAACAAUGCAAAAAAAAUCCUCACCACCAACAGCAAGGAGCUUCAUGCGCUUGCUAAUGCUUUGCUUGAGCAAGAAACGCUCUCAGGGAGUCAGAUCAAGGCUCUGCUUGCCCAAGUCAAUUCUCAGCAGCAGCGGCAACAGCCGCAGCAGCAGCAGAUAGUUGCAUCACACAGCAGUUCACAGUCCAACCCUGUGCCCCCCUCGACCCCUAAUCCAGCUGCAUCUGCCGCCGCUGCAGCCGCCGCCGCCGCCGCAAAUGCAGCAGCUAAAGCUAAAGGCAUUGCUCCUGUUGGAUCUUAGCAUAAAAACUGUUGGUGAGGCUUCUUGUCAAACUGCUGUUUAUUGAAUUUAAUGUGCAUAUAGUCAUUGACCAACAUUUAUGUGUUUGGGAACUGUAGUUUGAUUGCUGCCAGUGAGGUUCUUUUUAUGUAUUACUAUGAGUCCGUGAUUGACUUUGACCGAAAGCGGUAGAAGAACUAGAUGGUAGUAACUUCACCAGGCCAGUUGUAGCUGUUACUUAGGAUGGCCUUUUUUUUUCCCCUUAAAUGGCUCUUUGCUAAUACGGUUCAAAUAAUGUUUAAUUGGAAUUUUGCCCUUCUUGCUA